UGCUGCUGAGUAAUAUCAUCAUCAGUAAAUGAUAAGGUAAGUGACUCAAAAUCUGAUUAUUAUAGCAGCAGUCAAAGUAAGAUCACGUAAUUAGAUCCCAAUAACUAUUUCUUCAAACACACACAAAUCUUGGUCUAUAAAGCAACACGCUUUAGAAGUCUCUAGUUAUCUAACUCAUAUCUCUAUCCAAGAUUGUCUCAGUUACUGUCACAAGAAUAAGAUACGAGCUUUCAAGAAUCCUAACGGAUUUACAAGAAGAGAAAUCACAAUGAAGAGAUACUGUUCAGUGGCUCUGGUUCUGUUACUUGUAGCUUUCUUUAGCAGCAAGUAUAGUGUAGAGGGCCGUUCUUUGUUAACGAUGACACAUUCGAGUCAAGCUGCGAGAGAUUUGCAUGUAAGCAAGGAGAUGAAGAAAGAGCCACUUAAGGGAGAAAAAGAUAGCUUAAGAAGAAUCCCAAGGGGUGGCUCAAACCCUAUACAGAUUGACAAGGAUCAGGAGAAAGCAUCAGUUAGAGGAGAAAAAGAUAGCUUCCGAAGAGUCCCUACUCCUACUCCUGCUUCUUCAUCGCGUCACUUGUCUGCUUCUUCUUCCGAUAUCUCUGCUUCUGAUUCCUCUUCCUCUCUUCCCGUAACUCUUGACUCCAUCAAUACCAAGGUUCUCAAAUAUGAGUAUGCUGUCCGUGGAGAAAUUAUCAACAUUGGUCAAUGAUGAGACUGGAUGUGUUGAGGCCUGAGAGAGUCGGCUGGUCAAACACGUGAAAGAGAAAACCUAAUUGCAUGUUUAGGGAUUAAGCUAAGACUUAGUCUAUGUUAUUAUUCUGUGUCAAUUUGUGUCGUGCAAAUAAAUAAGAGUGACUUGGUUUCCUUGUUUUAAGGAACCAGCAUUCCAACCUUUCCCGUUUGUUCUUAAUUGUAAGAAUCACUUGUUUCCUUCGUUAUUUGCUUUUUCUUGUACGCCUUACAUAAAAUAAGAAAACGACCAAGAGAAAAUGCAGUUUCAAUCUGCCAAAAAUACUUCAUGUGGUAUAUAAAUAUGGUACAUGUGCAGGUCAA